UAUCGAGGAUGAAAGUAGUGUCGUUUUGUAGGAAUAAAAUAUUGUGUGUGAUUUGUACGAAGAAAAUUGUUUCGCAAAGCGAAAUUACGGGUGCAUUUGCUAGGUUGUAGCCGCUAGAACCGAUUUCGGUUUGGCAAGUGACGAAAAACGUGCAAAUUCUCGUGAAAUUGGGCUUACAAAGUUGCAACUAUCAGGAGGAAAGUUUUCGCUUUUGCAGCACUCUGCACUAUUAUAAGUAGCGCUAGGUAAAGGCCCCAUCGAAGAAGUAAAGGCAGCUGAGAAAAAUGGUCUGAAGAUAUUUCCUUCGUUCUUAGACUGCCGCAGGUUGAACAUUUUAUGCUUUUUCUAUGGUUUAAUGAAAAUUUUGCACGAAAACCAAAGCAUUUAUGGGCAUUCCGAGAAACGAACUUUGGGUGGUGAAAGGUCGCCUUCUUUGCACUGGUGACUGAAGGCCAGUGUUUUGAGAAAAUUGCAUUGCGUUGGCAGCAAAAGGUGACCAGCGUAGAAAGCAGCGUGAGAGGAAAAUAUGAAAUGAGCCUUCGGCCAUGGGAUCGCAAACCUUGGAAAUCUUACGGCAAGGAGUGCUGGCCAGUUUGACCGGGGGUUGGUUUUACGACGUCCAUCAGAAUGUAUUCUGCAACGCGGUCCACCUGUACAUCUGGCUGUUUUUGCUGUUCCUGCCGUUCAUCAUUUACAUGUACUUUCCCACCGCGGCAAUAGUAUGGAGUCUCUACUGUGUACUGAUCGCAAUCAUCAUCGGCUUCUUCAAAUUCCUCAAUAUGGCCCUCCACCGGAUGUACGAUAAGGCGAGGACCAUGUCUGAAACGGACCUGAAAAAGCCUGUGAAAAGUACACGAGAAACGUCCGGAGAAAACGAUACCGGUAUCGAGAUGCAGAUCCUUCGUACCGCUGAGGUAGUGGAAACACCUCCGGUUGAUAUGUCCUCGCGUACUUCCGUCGAGCGUCACAGCGAUGAGAUUAGCUGCGCCAACAGUGCUAUGUCCAUUGACUAUCAAGAGCAGGUGGCCAGUACCAUUGAUCUAAAAGUAGACGUGCACAGAAAAAAUAGUUCCGAAUCCAGCGACAGCAAUGGGGGUGGAAUGGCAACCGGCAGUAACCGCGCUACAGGUGGAGCCAUUUUUUCUAAAUCAAAUGCACAUAGUUCUUCGGUUCAAACACAAUCUGCGGAAAUCUGCAGCACGGCAACGCACAAAAGAUCCCUCAGUACGCCAAAUCAAACGAAAUCAAGCGAAAUGGGAGAAGAUUCUCGGCCCGAAGUGAGCCGUGAUAAAGAUGCAGUAGAUGCUGACGAGGGCGCUGUUGGAGGAGAAACGUCGAAAGAUGGUGGGAAAAAGAGUGCUACUUUGCGAAGGCAUCAAUACAAGUCUAAGCGAAAAGAGCGUUUCAUGAACAGUCAGUUGCAGCGACAAAUUUCGCUGGAUUCGGAAAAAAUAGGUAUGGGUAUUGACGCCGACGGGGAAGCAUCAGGAGGAGCUCAGCUUCAAAGGCAUCUCAGCUCGGAAGAUCAGAACAACAAAUCAAACACGUCACUGUUUCAUCAUCACCAUCACCACCACCACCUAUUGGCACUGCAGAAUCUUGACCCAGAUCUCUACAUGGAUCAUAAUUAUACAAAAUCUGCAGUCCAACUGGCGGUUGAGAAUAUUCCUGGUGAAACAACGAGUAAAAUCUACCUGCUGCAACAGUCAACUCCCAUGCGUCGUGAUUCGAAUAGCACAAUGUCUGCCCUACAACUGCCGACCAUGGCAGGAAAUUCCUUUGGAGCGGCCACUGGUAAAAAUCGUCGUCAUUCCAACGUCAAUGCCAGUGCUGCAGCAGGUGUUCGUCCUUUACCAAGAUCCUUAACGUCAGUGCGACGGAUUAAAAGUGCUGCACUGGAGACGUGUAGCCCGUCUUCGAUCUCGAAUUUAGCACCCACCCAUCCGAAUAGCGUUGAAGUAAUAGGAGGGCAGACGCUUCGAAACCCACAGCAUACGGUCAUUCCGCCACCUAGUAAAUGUCUCUCUCGAAAUCCCCAUCUCAAUUUGUUUCCGAAAGUUAACGGAGAAAAUUCUAUUGGCCUUAUGGUGCUAUCAUCGGCGAAUGCCAAUUCGUCCAAUGUGGAACCAGUUUACCCUAUAGCUGAACAAGCCGACGAAAGUACACCAGUUAAGAAUCUAGCGGACAAGGUAGAAACGUUUCAACUGAGUUCCGAUUCCGAUAAUGGGUGUGAAGAUGACGAUGACAACGAAGACGAAGAAGAUGAGGAGGAGGAUGAUGAUGACGACGAGGAAGAAGACGACGAUGAAGAAACUAUCGAUCGGCUUCAAGGAGCUGCUAGCGAAGAGGAAGGUGUUCACACCAUUCACACAUAUAUUCAUCGACAUCACCAUCACCAUCAUCAGUAUUCUGGACCUCGUUCCGGUGCCAUUAGCAGGCAAGCCUCGCUGCAACACUCUCAACAGUCGAAUCCUCCAUCGCAGCAAAUAUCACAGACAUCACAGGUGGGCACAGAAACAGAACAGGGCGACGUCGACGAACAGGACACCGGGUCCGAUCUCGAUCAACCAGCCAUGCAAUCGACGGACUCCGAUACCGAGAACAAUGCGGGAUCCAGAUCUCCGCUGCUAGAGCCACGCAAUCGACCUCCCUUAGUUAUCGUUGAAGCGAAAAAUCCUUGUAUUGCAUCCAGUACCGUAGAAGCUGGCAUUGCUUCGCUAAAAUUUUCGAAAUCAAGUGAUAAAAUCAAGAAACCUGCUACACUUACCAUUGAAGACUCACCCGUCAAGCAGCAGGGUUUUGAGGAAAACGGUGGCCCAUCCUCGAGUGACUGGGAGCAAGCUAGUGCCAGUUCGAAAGAUUUGCUGAUCACGAAAGAGCGUUCGAACCAACUAGGUAUGAGCGAAGGAAUCAUGAAGAAAUCCAGCUCCGGCGUAUCAAACGACGCAACAGGUGGCAAUAUAGUCAGCGGACAAAGCAAACAGUCCCCUGAGAAAUGGUUGGAGUACACUAGCUAUGACGCAGCUCUGAACGAAGACCACUCGAACGAGCCAGAUUCACAACCGAAAAAAGAAAACAGUAAAAAGGAAUUUGACAGAGAAAAAUCCGCUACUGUUCCAUCCGAGGCAGCGGUUACUAUCAGUCGAAAUCUGGGCGCGAUUCCCAAGACCACCAACUCUAGCAGGUUCCCCAGUCGUAGGCUCAGCGCAGAAGAAAACUAUCCGAGCACCAGCAGUAAGAUCUACAAUCGGACGCUUUCGCAGCGACUGUCGGCGGAGCGGAUUCCGGAGAAUGCAACCGCUGCUCCGUUAAUUACGUUCCUGAACUACCAUCCGGAGGUACCCAUACCUUCGAUUUAUCUGCCCGGUAACAGUUCUCUUUCGGAGCAGCACACGUCCAGUUUUACCUCCUUCCGGAGGCCUAAUGCGUUUGGAUCGGAUCGAAAUUAUCGACAGAUUCAGUGUCGACUGCGGAUGUCCCGAAGCAAACAUCCGGUUGUUUCUAUGGAGCCGAACACCAUGGGAUCUGCUGGUCCAAGUGGACCGAAUGGCAGUAUAUUUCGAGAUGAUGAUAAUAACAAUUACAGCUAUUGUCUAGAUUCUAUGGAUAAUCCCACAACGUCAAGCAGUCGGAGCGUAGGCGGAUCCAGCUCUACGUUUCAUGAUCAAACAGAGGUGCCUUUGAAUUUAUUUGUAGAUGAACCGGAGCGAUGGGUACAGUUGAUCGAGCGGUCAACUAUCGAGGAUGCCAUCAAGGAGCGUAUUGCGAUGAGCCAUCGUGGAGGCGCAAUCGGAGGUAGUUUGGCUCAUACGUCGGGAGACAAUAACUGUACUUCGAUCAACUCAUCCGGGAUCGAUAAGGCAAUGGCACCGACCGAGUAUAGCCUGUCCAGUGCACAAAGUGCGAUUGAUGUCGUACCACGUUCGAUGUUUGGCGAGCCACAAAUACGGCCAAAGCGCUACUAUAAGCUAACGAUUAACCUACUGUGCCUAAAGGAAGUCAGCAUUUCGAUGAAUCGUUUGCAGCUGUUGGCACUGUUCGACCGGGAUACGAAUUAUCUCCAAGUGUGUCUUGCAGUCGUGCUUUGUAUGCUUGUUUCACUGCUUGGUGCAAUGGUGCUGUAUCUGAAGUUUUACGAAGAUUUGUAUGCAUUUAUCUUUUGUUUUGUUAUUGCCGGUAGCCAGUACUCGUUGCUGAAAAGCGUUCAACCGGAUGCUGCCUCGCCGAUCCACGGCUUCAACAAGACUGUUACCUACUCGAGGCCGAUUUAUUUUUGCCUGUGCUCCUCUUUGCUGCUGACUGCCCACCACAUACUGAGAGAUUAUCAAACUGGAACGGACACCGUGGGCCCCAGGGCCGCUUUUUUCGGAUUCCAAAUAUCGAUCAUUGAUUUUCUCCAGUACAUUCAAAGUAUCUUGUCGGUAGUGAUACUAUUGUUUCCGUUCCUGUUUAGCUUGGGAUUGUUUCCGCAAAUCAAUACAUUCGCGAUGUAUUUCUUGGAGCAGAUCGAUAUGCACAUUUUUGGGAGCAAUGCAUCAUGCAGCCUAUUGUCAUCAUUUCUGUCGGUUGUACGAUCUAUUCUGGCAUGCACUCUACUGUUCGGUCCAGCCUACGGUGGACUAUCGGAAACAGGAACACAGCACGUGCUGUUUUCUAUGUUUUGUGCGUUUCUAAUAACCGUUUCCUAUCACCUAUCGCGGUGCACCAGCGAUUUCACUUACAUUUGGGCGGUUAUAAAAUCGAGCCUCAUCGUUCAUCCAGAUUAUGACGACAAUAGCAAAGAGGACUCGAAAAUGUCGACCGAUUCUGAUGAGAACAAAACGUCCACAGACAGUGGAGAACAUCAACGUUCGAGUGACGAAAUUCACCACAAAGAUGUAGACGAGGAAGCUAAUCGGGAAUCUGUUAAAGAGCUUGACGAUCCCUUGCCAAAGAAGCUACAAUCCACGGUUACGGUUCGGCUUAAAAACGAUGCUGUAGUUUGUGUCGUGUUAUCGCUUGUUAUCUUUAGCUUGCACUGCAGUACGGUUUUCACUGUUCUACAGCCAGACAUUAACUACGUACUCCAUACCGGCGCAUGCAUUCUCGGUUUCCUGAUUCACUACAUAAUACCACAGCUGAGGAAACAUCUGCCAUGGCUGUGCAUUGCGAAGCCAAUACUUAAGCCAAAAGAGUUUGGCCAGUUUGAAGUGCAAAACCUUUCGAAAAUUAUGUGGUUCGAAACCAUGUACGUAGGAUUAUGCUUCUUCGAGCGCAACAUACUCUAUCCGUUGAUCUUCCUGAGCGCGCUGACGGCUGACUCGGGUGCGAUCGCUCAAAAAUUUGGACUAACACUGGGGACAACGUUCGUCGUUGUUAGUGGCUUGAAGUGUGUUCGCAAUGCGUACUCGGAUGUGGGUAGCCAAUAUAUCAUACUGAUUUUCACCGUACUGUUCUUCCGGAUCGACUACAAACUCUCUAGUGAAACCUUUCUGAUCGACUACUUUUUCGUGUCGAUUUUGUACCGAAAAAUUAGUGAAUUUUUGUUGAAGCUGCAAUUUGUUGUCACCUAUAUAGCACCGUGGCAGAUCACCUGGGGCUCGGCAUUCCAUGCUUUCGCACAACCAUUUAGCGUACCACACUCCGCAAUGCUUUUCCUGCAGACUGCCAUCAGUGCACUUUUGUCAACUCCUUUGAAUCCGUUUUUGGGAAGUGCCAUAUUCCUCACCUCAUACGUUAGACCAAUCAAAUUCUGGGAACGCGACUAUAAUACCCGCCGAAUCGACCAUUCGAACACCAGGCUGAGUUCGCAGUUGGAACGCGAUCUUGGCGCCGACGAUAACAAUCUUAACAGCAUUUUUUACGAACAUCUAACGCGGUCACUGCAGCAUUCGCUUUGCGGUGACUUGUUGAUGGGACGCUGGGGUAAUGUUAGUCAGGGGGAUUGUUUUGGUAAGUUUCACUGUUCAGCUGAAAUUUAUGAGGUCUACCUACAUGUUUUGUCUUCUACAGUUCUAGCUUCGGAUUACCUUAACUGUCUGGUGCACAUAAUUGAACUCGGUAAUGGUCUCUGCACGUUUCAGAUGCGAGGUCUAGAGUUCAGAGGAACCUACUGUCAGCAGCGCGAAGUAGAGGCUAUUUCGGAGGAAGUUGAAGAAAAUAUCGGUUGCUGCUGCUGUACGGUGGGACAUUUGCCGAGAAUGUUGAGUGCGAAUGCCAUGUUUACUACCCGCUGGCUUGCCUGGCAGGUAAUGGCAUCUAAAUACGUCUUAGAGGGGUACUCAAUAUCGGACAACUCUGCAACGGCUACGUUACAGGUGUUUGAGUUCAGGAAGGUUCUAAUAUCGUACUAUGUGAAGAGCAUAAUCUAUUACGCAAUCCGUUCGCCGAAACUUUCCAACUGGUUGCAGUCACAAGCGAUUGAGGAAGCACUGGAGCACACUUUGGAUCGACAGUUUGUUGACUUGGAUCCAGUGUUCAAUCACAACCUGGACGACGACUACGACUUCCGAUCGGCCGGAAUAACGCGCGCAAGCUUUUGGAACGUGUACGGAGAGUGGAUACAGUUUUGCUGCGAAAAGAAACGCCAGCAAAUGCAGGCUGCAUUAAGCGAGAAAAAUACUCCGAGAAAGACCACAACUUCGACUGCGGCGGGCAACACUAAUAGCGCUAGUGGACCCACUGUUGCAACUGCUUCUAAUUCUACACCGAAUGAUAGUACAACGAAGGCAGGCGAUGUUGCGGCUACGAAUACAGCAGCGGCAGCUAAAGAACCAGAGGCAGAACAAAGUUCGAGUAGCGGAAACAAACAACCUACAGAGACGGAAUCUGGUUCCAACGGGGCUGCCACUUUUAGUUCGGCUACCAACUGUAGUGCUACUCCAGGUACCUCUAGCCAACCGUUUUUUAAUUCGGGUCGAGAUUCUCUCGUUACCUCACUGUGCAUGGCGUUAGCUUUACUAGCCCGCAGGACACUGGCCACGGCAAGCCACAGCUCAUCGAGUGGAGUUGAGUUUUUUCUUCACGGAUUGCAUGCACUCUUCAAGGGCGAUUUUCGUAUAACAUCAACCCGAGACGAGUGGGUAUUUGCUGACAUGGAACUUCUGCAUGGAGUGGUAGCGCCAGCAGUACGAAUGUCACUAAAGUUACACCAGGACCACUUUCUCUGCCCGGACGAAUACGAUGACUACGGAGCGCUUUUCAAUGCGAUCGACUAUCACACCAAAGAGCUGGUCAUUUCGCACGAGGCUGAUCCGCUAUGGCGGAGUGCAGUACUGAGAGGAACGCCCAAUCUACUAGCCUUGCGCCACGUAAUGGACGAUGGAUCGGAUGAGUAUCGAGUUAUAAGACUGAGCAAGCGAUUCCUUAGCUUUCGCGUGAUUAAGCUAAAUCGUGAGUGUGUUCGAGGCCUGUGGGCCGGACAGCAACAGGAGCUAAUUUAUCUCCGAAACCGAAACCCCGAGCGCGGUAGCAUACAGAAUGCAAAACAAGCACUUAGAAACAUUAUCAAUUCGUCCUGCGAUCAACCAAUCGGUUAUCCAAUUUAUGUGUCACCGCUGACAACGUCCUAUGCGGAAACGAAUCCGCAGCUCUGUAAGAUUAUCGGCGGAGAGAUAACCUUAGAGAAGUUGCAGCAUUUGAUAAUUAACUGUUGGAAUCGAGUUCGACAACGGUGUCGCGAGGGUUGUAGCAGUGGAAGCGCAAUAAUAGACAACGAAAUGGGAGAACUGCAGGGGGUUUAUCCCACACCAAACAAUACUCUUUCAGGCACUGCUGGAACGUUGUCCUACGGUAGUCAGAAUAUGUCUUUGUCGGGAGCAGCUAACCGAGGAAGCCUUGCUAGCAUUAAUAAGCCUACCAGUUCAACUUUACUGGCUGGUUUCUUGAACCGAGAACGGGACUCUGAGCGGGAUACUUUGCGAGAUCGAGCCGGUGUAACAAAAAGGUGUAAUCUCAGCAGCAAUAGCAAAGACCGAAUUGAUCGAGCUUUAGCUGCUAGUAAAAGGGAAUCCUUCAAAGAAACUCUCGCUAGUGGUAGUGGUCUUGGUUCGGUUAACCCCGGAGUUGCAGGCAGUACCAGUUCCGGUCUUAAACAGCAGGGAAGUGUAGAAUCAACAUCCGGCAACCCAAGGAGCGUCAAUUCAUCAUCGAUGAAUUUAAACGUACCGAACAGUAAUGCCGUCAGCGUCGCCGGAGGUAGCUCUGUUAUGUUCACUUUGGCCGCUCCUGUCGAGCAAUAUGCAAUAUUCACGAUGGAUAUAGAUGCGAUGGCGUCGGAAGCUAGCAGCAGUGAGCGAAUCGAUAAGAAUUGCUUAUUGAAGGCGAAAGCUCGCGGUAACGAGCCAGAAGAACAAGUGCCAUCACAGUGGAUCAAUGCACCACCGACGAUUGGGUUGAACAGAAAGGUCAUCAUCGUCGAUGCUGCUCAGAUCUACGACUGCCUUGAUUUGGGUCGGCGCAUAGACGUCAUUUGGCCAAACGAGCAGCUGCGAAGCUGCGGCGGUCGCUCGUCCUGGAAGGACUGGCAGCCACAGGAGGGAAUGGUUGGCAACGUUAUCCAUUACUGGCAACCGAACCAUCCAGAUCAUCACUUUCGUUCGAACGUGAACCGUACUAUACUGUUGGUGAAGAUUGGCGACCAUUGUGUACCGGUAGGGGAGAAAGGUGUCAAGGAAUACAACACGGUUGGUUUGCCAGCUACCGAUUCGUCAACGAAGUCAGCUACUACCCUCGGAACUUUAAACAAACAGCCAUCAACCGAAACGGGAAGCGAUUCGGUGGGUGAAACUUGCCCGAACAAACCGCCUGAAACAGAUAAAACAUUGACACACAAUGACUUACAAUCUACACCAAAGGUAGGCUUGUGCAGUGACGACGGUCCUGAUGACGAUCCGAAACCGUCUGAUCCAACAAUUGUUUAGAUGCUCGACUCUGCUAGCAUUGCCAAAAUGAAAAUCGAAAAUUGAUCGUUUCAUGUUUUAAACACUGUCACGUGUCUGUGAAAGUUGGUAAUUUAUAAUCACCAUAGCUUUACGUUUCCUGAUUUAGACCAAUUUCGAAAACAAGUUCAUUAAUUCACAGUCCUUCGUGGUACACAAAGUCAAACACAAUCCCUUACUAUCAUUAUGGGUCGCCUUACUACUUUAUUAACAUUGAUCAAAUACCGCGUUAAUUCUGAGGUAGAUCAUUCUGUUAGACAUUGUUUUGUUUUUUAAGUUCGACAGGACACAAUGUUUUUACGUAAUGUUUUUUUGGUCUUAUACAACUGCCUAAUGUUCGGCGCAUUCUAAGGGAACGAUCUUUAACGAAUCAAAGUCUUAUGGUAGGUAGUAAAUUAGUGGAUCAGCAUCCAAUAGCCAAUGAAGGCCACAUUGUAUAUUUGGAGUAGUGAUGCUUAGCACAGUUCGGAUCGUUGAUAGAGAAAAUUGGGGAGUUUUAUUUCUGUAUAGCUAAUAUGUAUAAUUUUGUAGACUGGGGAUGGAUUUUAAAUUAAACAAAGUGUAAAGUUUUAUCGCAGAAACAAGCGUGUUUCACUACUAGACUCUGUUUCCAAGAGCGAGCGGCGAAGGGUGCAAUUCGAAUGAGUGUCGAAGUUCCGGCGUGGAAUGGGCGAAGCGAUAAAAUCUACUGCAAAAGAUGAAAAUGUGAUAACUAAAAAUAAGUAACUUUACCUAUUCUAGAUUUAUUAUUGAACAAAAAAACUGAACACAACAAAAAGAGAUCGUUAAAUUAUUCACGAAAAAAUAUGUUGAAGUGAAAUGAUAACAGAAGUUUAAAGUACCACAAAUAUAUUAUUAAGGCGGUUUAACGACAGAAAACAAGCUAUUACAAAUCACUCUUGUAGUUAGAUAUAUUAAUUAAUAAAUAAAGCGGUUAGGAAAAAAGCAGUUAUUUAAAACAAAGCAAAGCAUGCUUUGAUUCUCGCUCUUAUUUAAUGGAGAACUAAUUAGAAGAAAAAAAAUUUGAAUCAGAGAAAUAGGCUCAUGUUAAGCUUUUACUUUCGAUACAAUAAAAUGAAGAGAAUCGUUUUACAAACUGUA